CAGAGAGACCGAAGGAAAGAAAGAUGGGCUCAGAAACAGCAGCAAGCCAACGCGACGUCAACCCGGCCAAGCCAGGUACGCGCAGCUGGGAUGCAGUCCGAGCUCGCGUGAUGCAAGCCAUGGAGUCCUAUGGUUGCUUUGAGGCCGUCUAUCCGCGAGUCUCCUCCGAGCUCCGUGACUCCCUCUUUGGCACUGCCCUGAAGGAGCUUUUCGCCCUCCCUCUUGAGACCAAGCAACAAAACAUCUCCGACAAGCCCUUCCACGGUUACGUCGGCCAGAUUCCCUACCUCUCUUAUGAGAGCCUGGCCAUCAUGGACGCACCGUUUCCCUACGGUGCCCACAGCUUCACCAGCCUCAUGUGGCCCAAUGGAAACCCCACCUUUUGUGAGACGGUGCAGUCGUUCUCGGAGCAAGUGAUGGAGUUGGAGGAGACGAUCCGGAGGAUGGUUUUGGAGAGUCUUGGGGUGGAGAAGUACUGCGCGGCUCAGACGGAGUCCACGAGGUUCUUGUUCAGGGUCUCGGAGUACGGGGCGCCUCAGGGAGAGGAGGAGAAGAAGCUGGGUUUGGUUCCUCACAUGGACAAGAACACGCUGGGCAUCGUGUGCCAUGGCCAGAACCAAGUGGAUGGACUUGAGAUGGAGACAGAGGAUGGGGAAUGGAUUCCUGUCACUCCCUCGCCGGCAUCCUUCAUCGUCAUCGCCGGAGAUGCCUUCAGGGCGUGGACCAAUGGCCGAGUGUAUUCACCGUUGCAUCGCAUUGUGGUGGGUGGAGACAGGACGAGAUACUCGGCCAUCAUGUUCUCAAUUCCGAAGGAUAACGUGGUUAUCCAGGCGCCGCCCGAGCUGGUGGAUGAGGAGCACCCAUCUCUCUUCAGGCCCUUGCUCCACAACGAGUAUGUGCACUUCUGCUUCUCGGAGGAGGCCAUGAAGGCAAAGUAUCAGCUGGAUGCUUACCGUGGCGUGGCUGCAGAGAAUCUUGUGAUGCCGGGAGAUGAGGCAUGAGACUGGGAGCAGUGGGAGCUCCACCACAUCUUGGUUCUCUUUUAAUAAUGAGAGCAAAUUAGUGUGCCUCUUAAUUUGUUUUCGAACGACUCUGUGGAAAACGUUAAAGAUCUACCAAGAGAUCUUGAGAGCCAUGGUUUCAUUUCGUACCAAAAGUUGACGCUUGGGCCUGGCUGGAAUAUAUUUAAACCAGCCUGAUUUGCGGAGAUAGCUUACAUCCAUUAAUCCAUAGUUGGAGGCUAUUGAAGAAGCUCUGCAGCACUUGAGUUGGCCCAUGUGGAAGGCCUUUUUGGCCCACGAUGAUCCGAGCGCUAGCAAUUUGGAAGUGUUAACGGAAUCAGGUCUAAUCUUGCUACAAUCCACUUGGAUUUUCUUUUGCCCGGUAGUGGGAUGUGCAAUUUAGUUAAAUAUGUGCUGAUCAUUUUGCGCAUUACAUAACCAGUAUUUAUCAUUUCUGAAGAAAAGUUUUUUUUUUUUUUUUUGGGUUAAGAUCUGAAGAAAAGUUUAAUAACGAGUAUUCUUAGCAUUUAAAUUU